CCUCUUUUUCAUCGUCUUCCUUUCUCAUUUUCAAUCUCGCUGGUACGAUUCUCGCGGAAACCGCCCUCAUUUUCUCUCGCUUUCUCGGCACUUUCCCUCCAUCGAGAAAAUCCUCAUCCUCCCCCCGUUCCGAGAAGGAUCCGCCGGAGCAGGCCCCGAUCAUGUGGGCGCAACCGCACCGCAAGGACGUGGAAUCGGGGGCCCGGCCCCUGUACCCGAUGAUGCUCGAGAGCCCCGAGCUGCGGUGGGCCUUCAUCCGGAAAAUCUACUCCAUCGUCGCCCUCCAGCUGCUCGCCACCAUCGCCGUCGGCGCCGUCGUCGUCUCCGUCCACCCCAUCUCCCGUUUCUUCGUCAGCACCACCGCCGGCUUGGCGCUCUACAUCGUCCUCAUCAUCACGCCCUUCAUCGUUCUGUGUCCGUUGUACUAUUAUCACCAGCGGCAUCCUGUGAACUAUCUCCUGCUCGGGAUUUUCACGGUUACCUUGGCGUUCGCGGUUGGAUUGACGUGUGCAUUCACGAGCGGGAAGGUCAUACUGGAAGCCGUUAUUUUGACUGCUGUGGUAGUCGUCAGCCUUACUCUCUACACGUUCUGGGCUGCUAGGAGGGGUCAGGAUUUCAACUUCCUUGGACCCUUCUUGUUUGGUGCUGUCAUUGUGCUUAUGGUGUUUGCAAUGAUACAGAUCCUCUUUCCUUUGGGCAAGAUCUCUGUGAUGAUAUACGGGUGCUUGGCCGCACUCAUUUUCUGUGGGUACAUCGUCUAUGACACAGACAAUCUGAUCAAACGCUACUCAUAUGAUGAAUACAUCUGGGCUGCGGUUUCACUGUACCUCGACAUUAUCAACCUAUUUCUCGCUUUGUUGACCAUCUUCAGAGCUGCUGACAGCUAGACAGUGUUGUUCUGAUCCGAGUAUGUCUUUUCUUCACCCCUUGUUUCUAGAUCUCUCCUUCCACCAAGUGAACAUACCAAAGGAAAAAAGGCCGGUUAGUCUAUGUUGAUUGUAGGCAAUGUUUGAACUAUAUCCAUUUUCAACUCAUCUUUUGGUGCGACGCAAGCAUGGGUAGCAACUUUUCCAUGACAAAUAUCGGAUGUCUAUGCAUUGCAGCAUUUUGUAAGUUUGUGGGCAUGGUCCAUGAAGUCUUUAAGUACAUAUAUGGGAUAAUGUUCUUCGAUUGCCGAGAUGUCUUUGGGGAAUGCGGCAAAUUAAAUUAUUUUUUGUUUAGAGACGAGAGAGACUGCGGCUUAUAGAUGA